CGUAACCGACGUAACGUCUUUCGGCCUCAGCUAAUGGACGCUCUGAACCAGUUUAAGUUACCUUCAACUGUCCCGCAGGAUCUCAUUCUAAUCCAAGACAUCAUUGGCGAGUUGCCGGCCCAGCCACGGACGAAUGGACACGGAAAGGAUGUGAAAGAGGAGGGAGAUGGCUCUAUUGCAAGUACCAAUGAUGAUUCCGACAGCGAAGAGGAAGAAGUCGUGAACUUGGUUCUAGAAGACGACGACGUUGAGGACAAGGCAUCUGAUGCAUCUGGUCCUUCUCGGUCUAUGUCGGAGUCUCGUAGUAGCCCAGAUUCUGAUUCUGACGAGUCUGACACGGACACGGAGCCUCCUGAAGAUGAGAAAAUAUCCAACAAAAAUCGAGAACGGGACGUCGGCGAAGAAGACGACGAUUUCAGAGACUCCGGGGGGGUGAACGCUGUUGUUAAGACUGAACAUGAGCUGACAGACUACAAUGUUACUAUUCCUGACAUUUCGGAAGUUAACGCGGACGAAAAGCUCGACGCUGCUGGCCAAAUAAUCAAUAUUUCCGAUAACAUCGUUAUAGUCCAGGGAGCAGCUGCAGAUGGCGUAGCUAGAGCUCAUGAGCGUGUGCUGGACAGUGAUACUUUGCUUGUCUUCGAGGAUAGAAGAGUCUUAGGAUAUAUACAUGAGACCUUUGGGCCAACACAUCAACCUCUCUACCAAGUUAGAUUCUCUCAGGCCUAUCCCAUAGACCCCGACAAGGUCAAGAUAUCACGCGCGGUAUUCCAUGUUCCGCAGAGAAGCAAGUUCGUUUUCGUAAACGAAAUCAAAAACCUCAAAGGCAGCGACGCUAGUAAUGCUCAUGACGAAGAACCAGGUGAAGAGGAGAUGGAGUUCUCAGAUGAUGAGCAGGAAGCUGAGCAUAAGCGACGCUUGAAACAGAAGCGGCUGGAAAGUCGUGGACAAUCAUUAGCACCCUCCUCAAGACAUACGACACCUACCCCAUCGCAAAUGCGUGAUCAAGAUUUGACGGCAGACCUCUCAUAUGGCUCGAAUCCAUACGAUGAGUACAGCCCCUAUAACGUCGAUUCUAGUGCUUCUCAGGCUCGUGCCGCUCCUCUGCCCUACGAUGAUCCAUACUUGGAUACGUACGAGAUUAACUUCAACCAGGCGAUAUCUGCUACGAUGCAGCCGGUGGAGGGCGCAUCCGGCACGCCUUCGACCUCUGGUGAUAGCCAACGCGGCUUUCACGGUCGGGGACGCGCAAGAGGACAGGCAUCAAAAUUUGGCAGAGACUCUGUUGGUCGAGGCCGAGGGCCACGUCGGGACAAACCCAAUCGCGAUCGUGGCCGAGGGCGUCACAGAGGCACCCAAGAUGCCGCAAGGGAGUUGCAACAUCAUCAACAUCAUACUGCACAUUCCGAUCAAGAAUACGAUCUGCGUCGUCCGGCAUCCCCUGCGUCGAUGGCCAUAGCUCGCGCCACUAGCCAAUAUGCCGAGGACUCCGGCUACGCUUCUCCAGCCAAUUUCUCCUCUACUUCAGUGGCCGCAUCUAAUGAUUAUUGGUCUUACCAGCAGUCCUACCAAGCAACACCUUCAUAUCAGGGUAAUCAGGCGGGAUAUGUAUACCAACAGCCAUAUGUGCAGCCACACAUAAAUCCACGUUUUGCUUCUGCCUACGGCUACCAGUUCGGCGAGUUUCCUUCGAACCACUACGGUCAGUACGGAUCGUACGGCAUGGAUGCAUCUUCUGGGCGAGGUGAAGAUAGGAAUGGAGGUUGGAGAGACUACAGCGGUUCCUAUAAUCCCAGUAAUACUUGACGGGCACCUUUGGACAAUGCGGUUUCCACCACAACUUUGUAUGAGAACGUGC